UAAUACAUUGCUGGUUGUGCAUUAGCUGCAGUGAAGGGGAUUGUGGCUGUUUGUGCGUGUUUUCUCAUGGUAGCUAAUGUGGGAGAAUUCUGCUUUUCCAAUCGUCGUGGUGGAUAAUAUUGUAAGGAUUUCUCGUUUUGGAGCUAAUCAUCGGAGAAACGAAGAGGAGAAGGGGAAAACAAUCGGAACGCCGUGGUAAACCAGGUGCGAAGGAUGCGGCAGUGAAGAUGCUGGGCGUGCUGAUCGUGAUGAUGGCCGUGCUCGGGGCGGAGGCCUGCAACGGCACCGACGACAACUGCACCGACUCCAAGGACUAUUGCUACUCCGCCCGCAUUCGCAGCACCGUGCUGCAGGGCCUGCCCUUCGGCGGCGUGCCCACCGUGCUCGCCCUCGACUUCAUGUGCUUCCUGGCUCUGCUGUUCGUCUUCUCCAUCUUGCGGAAAGUGGCCUGGGACUAUGGGCGCCUGGCGCUGGUGACAGAUGCAGACAGACAGAUGGCACGAUACAGAGGCCUUGAGGAACGGGAAUAUGUGGCCUCAGCUAUGCACUCCGAGACGCCUGACCGCUACGAGCGCCUCACCUCCGUCUCCAGCUCUGUGGACUUUGACCAGAGAGACAACGGCUUUUGCUCCUGGCUCACGGCGAUCUUCAGGAUAAAGGACGAGGAGAUUCGGGAGAAGUGUGGUGAGGACGCGGUGCACUACCUGUCCUUCCAGCGGCACAUCAUCGGCCUGCUGGUGGUGGUGGGGGUGCUCUCCGUGGGGAUCGUCCUGCCCGUCAACUUCUCUGGAGAUCUGCUGGAAAAUAAUGCAUACAGCUUUGGGCGAACCACUAUAGCCAACUUGAAAUCAGAGACACACCUGCUCUGGCUGCACACCUCCUUCGCAUUCAUCUACCUGUUACUGACUGUGUACAGCAUGAGGCGGCACACCUCCAAAAUGCACUACAAAGAAGAUGACCUGGUGAAACGUACUCUAUUCAUCAUCGGCAUCUCCAAAUAUGCUGAAGAAAACCAAAUAAAGCAGCACUUUGAGCAGGCCUAUGAGAACUGCAUCGUGCUGGAGGCCCGAUUGUGUUACGACGUGGCCAAGCUGAUGUCCCUGAACGCGGAGAGAAAGAAGACUGAGCGCAGCAGGAAGUUCUUCAAUGAUCUGAUGGCCAAGGAGCACACAUCCGUCAUGAUCAACCCUAAACCCUGCGGCCAUCUCUGCUGCUGUGUUAUCAAGGGCUGUGAACAGGAGGAGGCGGUGAGCUACUACACCAAGCUGGAGGCCAGACUAAAGGAGGAAUACAGGAAGGAGAAGGAGAAGGUCAACACCAAGCCCCUGGGCAUGGCCUUUGUCACCUUCCAGAACGAGGCCAUGACCUCUAUAAUCCUCAAGGACUUCAACGCCUGCGAAUGUCAGGGCUGCAACUGCCGGCCGGAGCCCAAGUCUUCUCAGUACAGCGACAGCCUGCACGUCAGCAAUUGGAGCGUCACCUACGCCCCAGACCCACAGAACGUCUACUGGGAGCACUUGUCUCUGGGAGGAUUUUCUUGGUGGCUGCGCUGCUUCAUCAUCAACUGCGUCCUCUUCCUCCUCCUCUUCUUCCUCACCACGCCCGCUAUCAUCAUCUCCACCAUGGACAAGUUCAAUGUCACCAAACCCGUGGAGUACCUCAAUAACCCCAUCAUCACCCAGUUCUUUCCCACCCUGCUCCUGUGGGCCUUCUCUGCCCUGCUGCCCACUAUUGUCUACUAUUCUGCCUUCUUCGAAGCCCACUGGACCAGGUCGGGAGAGAACAGGACUACCAUGCAUAAGUGCUAUACCUUCCUAAUCUUCAUGGUACUGCUGCUGCCUUCCCUGGGACUCAGCAGCUUGGAUGUCUUCUUCCGUUGGUUGUUCGACAAGAAGUUCUUGGAUGAUGCAAAGAUCAGGUUUGAGUGCGUCUUCCUCCCGGACAACGGAGCUUUCUUUGUCAACUACGUCAUCGCCUCGGCCUUCAUCGGAAACGCCAUGGACCUGCUGCGCAUUCCCGGCCUGCUCAUGUACAUGAUCCGGCUCUGCCUGGCUCGCUCUGCUGCCGAAAGGCGAAACGUCAAGAGGCACCAGGCCUAUGAGUUCCAGUUUGGCGCCGCCUAUGCAUGGAUGAUGUGCGUCUUCACUGUGGUCAUGACCUACAGCAUCACCUGCCCCAUCAUCGUCCCCUUUGGUCUGAUGUACAUGCUCCUCAAGCACCUGGUGGACAGAUACAACAUGUACUACGCCUACCUGCCGUCGAAACUGGACAAGAAGAUCCACUCGGGUGCAGUCAACCAGGUGGUGGCUGCACCCAUCCUCUGUCUGUUCUGGCUGCUUUUUUUCUCCACUGUGCGCACAGGUUUUCUGGCUCCAACGUCUAUGUCCACCUUUGUGGUUCUCAUUAUCACUAUUGUUGUGUGCCUCUCCCACGUCUGUUUUGGGCACUUCAAGUACCUCAGUGCUCACAACUACAAGAUCGAUACCCAGGAGGUGGACGGAAUAGAGAAUGGACGCCCAGCGCGCACCUCUCCUACCAAUAAGUCUCAGCAGAUGUACAUUGCCCAGGUGCUGCAGGACCCCAACUCAGAUGAAAUGGGCGCGGGCAGCGGGGACGAUGAUGGCCAGGGGUCUUCGCAAGACGAAGAGAUGAUUAACGCAGGCAACAGCCUCAAUGAGGAGGACUUCCAGUCUGGAGAGGACAGCCUAAUAGCCAAUGAGGUCCACCAAUAACGCUCCCUGCAGCGGGGACGAGGACGAGGACGAGGGAGACAGAGCAACAGGGUUGAGCUACGGGAGGAAAAAGGACCGGACAACUUCAGAGGAACAUCAGACCCAACAGCUCUACAGAAAUUCAGUGACCGUCUUAACAGCUAGCAGCGAUAUCCCCAACCCCCCCAACCUCCUCCCCCCCGUCCACCUAUGACUUACUGCGCAGCAGUGAGCAGAGUCAGAGCACCACACCUUAUGAGAAAGUGCUCCACGGGUGUGCAGGUGCCCCCCCUACUGACUGCUCUCGGACACUGCACCCACGGACAGUGUGGCGACAGGGCAGAAACUAACAACGCAGGUUCUUUUUCUACUGCCAUCAGGCUCGGCACAAACGCACACAGGUAGAGAGUCCACCUUUGUCCGGAUGGACUGUUUUGUAAAAAAAAAAAAAAAAAAAAGCCCUCCCA